AUGGAGGGUUUUGAUGCCAGCAGACGGAGUGCACACUCGGCCUCCACACAUGUGUUUACGUUCUUUCGGCAAACUGAGCCUGAGACCUGGGAGAGUUCCCGAGCUGCAGAGGUUUUUCUAACAACUCUGCAAGUCUUAAAGAACAGAGCAGGACAAAGAUAUAAAAGGGAUGUCAAGAUACCAGAGUUGUUGUCAUGGGAGGACGUGGAGCUGAUUGCAGAGCUCUCUCAGUGUUUUCCUGCAACACAUCUAGCUGUCUGUCAGCAAAGUCACCUCAACAAAUAUCGCUCCAUAUCUGGUGUCUGCAAUAACAGGCAAAAUCCUCUAUGGGGAGCAGCCAACACUGCCUUGGUGAGAUGGCUUCCAGCUGAAUAUGAAGACGGGGAGAAAGAACCCAAGGGUUGGAACCGAGGACGGCUCCAUAAUGGAUUCCAACUUCCCCAGCCACGGGAAAUCAGCAAGGAAAUACUGCAGAGCUCUUCUAAACAUAAAGAAGACAUCUAUUCUCACCUGCUGGUGGAGUGGGGUCAGUACAUUGACCAUGACAUAACCUUUACCCCUCAAAGCACUGGCAGUGCUGCUUUGUGGACUGGCGUGGACUGUUUGAACACGUGUGAAAAUGUACAUCCAUGCUUUCCCAUUGAGUCAGAUGAUAUACUUUCUGGUGCGCAAGGCUGCAUGGCUUUUUAUCGCUCCACAGCAGCCUGCUCCAUCAGUUCUGGGUCUGACAUUGGACAAGCUCUGCAGCGACAACAGAUGAAUGCCAUCACAUCCUUCAUGGAUGCUUCAGUUGUAUACGGCUACACUCCAAAGCUGGAGAGCUUCCUUCGUGACCUCUCUGGCCGUAAUGGGAAACUUGCAGUGAACAACCAAUUCGAGGAUCCAAAAGGAAGACCCUACCUUCCUUUUGUAGCCACUCUGCCGUCAGCCUGCCACCAAGAUCCACAGGGAGAGAGAGUGGAGUGUUUCAGUGCUGGAGACAGUCGGGUCAAUGAGGGUUUGCCCUUGACUGCUUUGCAUACACUGUGGCUUAGAGAACACAAUCGAAUUGCAGAAGCAUUGAAACACAUUAAUACUCACUGGGACCCAGAGGUGAUAUACCAAGAAACUCGCAAGAUUAUUGGAGCUCUACACCAGAUAAUAACCAUGAGAGAUUAUAUUCCAAAAAUUAUUGGCCCGGAAUCUUUUGAAUAUUACAUCGGACCCUAUGGGGGAUAUGAUCCGACUAUGAACCCCUCAGCUUCCAAUGUGUUUGCCACCGCUGCAUUCAGGUUCGGCCAUGCUACCAUCUCUCCGAUCCUCAGGAGACUGAACAAGACCUUCCAGGAACAUGAGACCUUCCCCCACUUGAGAUUACACAACACUUUCUUCAGUCCAUGGAGAAUAGUCAGUGAAGGUGGGAUAGAACCAAUCCUGAGAGGUAUAAUUGGAUCUCCAGCACCAGCUGUUAGUGCACAUGUGCUGAUGGCAGAGGAGGUGACUCAAAGGCUUGUCGUCCUUGGUAUACCACAGCACUUGGACCUGGCCUCACUGAACCUGCAGAGGGGAAGGGAUCACGGUCUCCCAGGAUAUAACAAUUGGAGAGCAUUCUGUGGACUUAAAGGCAUUAAGACAUUAGAUGAUCUCAAAAAGACUGUGAGAGACUCCAAGGUUGCUGAAAAGAUAUUAAAAAUAUACAAACAUUCUGACAAUAUCGAUGUAUGGCUUGGAGGACUUAUUGAAAACUUGUUACCAGACUCCAGAACUGGUCCCCUCUUUGCUUGCCUGAUUGGAAAGCAGAUGAAGGCGCUUCGUGACGGUGAUAGGUUUUGGUGGGAAGCUGAGGGUAUGUUUACCAAGCAGCAGAAGACUGAGCUUUCAAAAGGUUCUCUGUCUCGGAUCAUCUGUGACAACACUGACAUAACGGAAGUCCCCUCUGACUCAUUCAGAUUUGGGAAAUACCCCACUGAUUACAUCUCUUGUGAUCAUAUACCACUAAUGAAUUUGGAGGCUUGGAGAGAGGAGAAGAGCCAAGACUCAGAACGCUGUACCUCUCCAGCAAAGAUAAAGAAUGGGGAUUUCAUAUUGUCCUCUACAUCUGGCAAAUUGGUUGCUCUGUACUCCUGUUAUCAUGGCUUCAAAUUAAAGGGCACUGCUGCAGUAGUUUGUGAGGGAAACCGGUGGGGCGGUCAACCCCCACAAUGUACAGGGAAUCAUUACUAAUUUGUUGACAUUGCUGCAGAUGCAGAAAUGCUUCAUAGGUUUGGAAACAAACUCAGGAAAACACUGCUGCUGUUACUAUCUUUAUGUUUGUCUGGUUGAUUAUGAGUGUGUCUUAGGAAACAUGGAAUACUUUUAAAAAUUGAAUUGAAUACAAUAACUGCCAAUAUCAUGUAGCUUGUUUAAAA